CAUUAUUUUGUGGAAAAAGUAUCUUAUGGAGCACACACUAUAUGUAUGUCCCAGUGUGUGUGACCUUACAGAUAUUUAAGAGUUAUGAGCCACUCAAUGUUUUAAAUCAAAGAUAGGUGUUCAGGACAACCAACUGGAGAGUUAGGUACAUCCACUGAAGCAGUUGAUGGGAUAAUUGGUUUUGGACAAGCAAAUACAUCCCUUGUUUCACAGCUAGCUGCAUCUGGAAUGGCGAAAAAGAUAUUUUCACAUUGCUUAGAUGGUAAAAAUGGAGGUGGCAUAUUUGCUAUUGGGCAAGUAGUUCGUCCUAAAGUGAAGUCAACACCACUAGUCCCAGAUGAGCCGCAUUAUAAUGUAAUUAUGAAGGCAAUUGAGGUGGAUGGAGAUCCUCUAGAUAUUCCCACAGAUAGCUUUGACAUAGGAUCUUCCAGAGGGACGAUAGUCGACAGUGGUACAACCUUGGCAUAUCUUCCAAGCACGAUCUACGACUCUCUCAAGAGCAAGAUGAUGGCAAAACAUAGUAGCCUGAAGAUGCAUACAGUUGAGGAGUUGUUCCAAUGCUUUUACUACUACGAAAACAUUGAUGAUGGAUUUCCAGAUGUCUCUUUUAUUUUUCAGAAUUCUCUUCAUUUGACCGUUCACCCCCGUGAUUAUCUUUUCGAAGUUAAGGAUAAUGAAUGGUGCAUUGGCUGGCAAAACAGCGGAUUGCAAUCAAGAGAUGGGGCAGAAAUAACGUUGUUGGGAGCCUGUUCAUUGAUUUCAACUUAUCGAAGCAUAGAGAGUUACUGCCUUCACUGGGGUUUGAACUCAUGAUCUCCCAUUUGGGAGAGCCACACUCAUGCCGCUGGACCACUGGGAGUUAGUGAUAAUAAUAAUAAUAAUAAUAAUAAUAAUAAUAUUAUUAUUAUUAUAACACCGUCACAAAUUGUUCAUCCCGUUUCAUUUAAAAGUCAAAAGGAGCUACUCCUGCUCCAUCAAAUUAUUUACUUUCCUAUUUCGAACAUCCCAUAAAUUUCUUUUGCACUUUAUUCCCUAUUUUGGUAAUGAAUAUGUGACCACCAACAAUUCUCUCUUCUCUAAAUAAAUUCUAUCCACACACUUUACUUUUCAACAACUUUCUUAAACUCCGUGAAAUUAAAGUGUCACCGGUUUUAUGGGAUGAAGAGAGUAUCUUUUAUCAUCAAUUAAGGAGUGGAGUAAAUAAUAACUGCAUUGUAUAUUAAGGGCAAGGUUCUUUUGAGUUUUGACACCCACCUUGGGUGUCAUAAUAUGGCACCUAGCCUUUUAUAGAUUACACUUUCCCCUGCCAUAUUACACUUUCUCCACAUAUAUGCAGACAUUGUACUAUCUGGCAAGCUUGUUGUUUAUGAUAUUGAAAACCAGACCAUUGGGUGGACUGAACAUAACUGCUCUUCGAGCAUCACAGUGAGAGACGAAAGGUCGGGGAAGGUGUAUUCGGUGGGUGCUCAUGAUAUUUCGUCGGCCUAUGCCAAUGGGGGGAUUGAGAAUCUUUUAAUGUUGUUAAUAUUCACCAUUCUUUGGAACAGUUU